UGCCGGGCGCCGUUGAGUUUUGCAGUUAGGCUGCCUGAGCAGGGAGGUAGAGCGGAGCGCGGCGAGCCGGGCCGCGCUGACUGAGCCGGGCUUGUUGGUACAAACGGCAGAUUUGGAACUAGCAAAAGAGAUAAGACCACCAUUGUCCUGGGUUUAACAAGCCCCUACAGCUUGAUACCAAUGGGCAGUGCGUGGGCCAGAGGCAGGGAUGGUCGGCUAUGACCCCAGCGCAGAUGGGAGGAACGUCACCAAGUUCGAGGUGGCGGUGGCUGGGUCUGUGUCUGGACUUGUCACACGAGUGCUGAUCAGCCCUUUGGAUGUCAUCAAGAUCCGUUUCCAGCUUCAGAUCGAGCGCUUGUCUCGCAGUGACCCCAACGCAAAAUACCAUGGCAUUCUGCAGGCCGCGAGGCAGAUCUUACAGGAGGAGGGCCCGGCGGCGUUCUGGAAGGGACACAUCCCCGCGCAACUUCUCUCCAUCAGCUACGGGGCUGUCCAAUUCCUGUCGUUUGAAUUCCUGACUGAGCUGGUGCACCGAGGCAGCGCGUACAACGCCCAGGAGUUCUCAGUGCAUUUCGUGUGUGGCGGCCUGUCUGCCUGCAUGGCCACCCUCGCCGUGCACCCCGUGGAUGUUCUGCGCACUCGCUUUGCCGCCCAGGGUGAGCCCAGGGUCUACAAGACGCUGCGAGAGGCCGUGAUGACCAUGUACAGGACCGAAGGCCCCUGGGUCUUCUACAAAGGCCUGAACCCUACCUUGAUCGCCAUCUUCCCCUACGCGGGCUUCCAGUUCUCCUGUUACAACUCCUUGAAGCACGCGUUCGAGUGGGCCAUGCCGACCCAGGGAAAGAAGAACGAGAACCUCAAAAACCUGCUCUGUGGCAGUGGAGCCGGCGUCAUCAGCAAGACACUCACCUAUCCCCUGGACCUGUUCAAGAAGAGGCUGCAAGUGGGAGGGUUCGAGCAGGCCCGAGCUGCCUUUGGCCAGGUACGGAGCUACAGGGGUCUCCGGGAUUGCGCCAAGCAGGUGCUACGGGAGGAAGGCGCCCAGGGCUUCUUCAAGGGCCUGUCCCCCAGCCUGCUGAAGGCUGCACUGUCCACAGGCUUCAUGUUCUUCUGGUACGAGUUCUUCUGCAACCUCUUCCACUGCAUGAAGAAGGCAGGCAGCUAGCUCGCAGAGCAGGAGGGGCCGGCCUUCACUGCAGGUGACCUUCCAAAAGGCCUGGUUCUGGUCUCCAUCAAGAGCGCAAGAGCAGGCAGCAGCCCUGAAGCCACCUGCUGGGACAGCGCCAUGGAGGAUCACAGGGAGAAUGUAGGACUUGGUUUGGGGACCCAACAAUGAAGUGAGAAGGAGCUCGAGGUGGUUGUUUCUGUCUGUGCAGCCCAGACGCAAGGCGCUGGAUGAUGCUGUCCUCACUCUGCGGCCCACCUGCCAGGAAAGGCCUGUUCCAAGGGGCCACAGCUGAGGGCAGAGGGCUGGCUCCUCAUCACCUUGGGUUUUUUUUUUUUUUUUUUUUAAGUUUGCUAUAGGGUUCGUUA